AUGCCUGGCAAGUACGACGAUGGAGAAAGCCGCCUAAACGAGUAUGAAGUAAUUAAAAAGAUUGGGAAUGGAAGAUUUGGAGAGGUGUUCCUUGUAAAGCAUAAAAGGACACAAGAGUUUUUCUGUUGGAAGGCUAUAUCGUAUAGGGGGUUGAAAGAAAGAGAAAAGUCACAACUAGUAAUUGAAGUGAAUGUCAUGAGGGAACUAAAGCACAAAAAUAUUGUUCGGUACAUAGAUCGCUUUCUGAAUAAAGCAAAUCAGAAAUUAUAUAUCCUGAUGGAGUUCUGUGAUGCAGGGGAUCUGUCAAGGAACAUACAAAAGUGUUACAAAAUGUUUGGUAAGAUAGAAGAGCAUGCAAUUGUAGACAUUACGAGGCAGUUGCUACAUGCCUUAGCGUACUGUCACAAUUUGAAGGAUGGACCUAAUGGGGAGAGAGUAUUACACAGAGAUUUGAAGCCACAAAAUAUAUUUUUAUCAACUGGGAUUCGACACAUCGGGAAAAUAACUGCGCAAGCGAACAAUUUAAAUGGAAGACCUAUCGCCAAGAUUGGAGAUUUUGGACUUAGUAAAAAUAUUGGUAUAGAAAGUAUGGCUCACUCAUGUGUUGGUACCCCUUACUACUGGUCUCCUGAAUUGUUAUUGCACGAAACGAAGAGCUAUGAUGAUAAGAGUGACAUGUGGGCUCUUGGUUGCAUCAUCUAUGAACUUUGUUCAGGUAAAACUCCAUUUCAUAAGGCGAACAAUUUUUCACAACUUAUUUCUGAAUUGAAGAGGGGACCUGAUUUGCCCAUUAAAGGCAAGUCCAAGGAUCUAAACAUGUUGAUAAAAAAUUUGCUGAGUUUGUCCGCGAAGGAACGGCCCAGCGCUCUACAAUGUCUAGGGUAUCAGAUCAUUAAGAAUGUGGGUCCUCCUGGGGGAGGUGUGGGUGUGCAUAAUACUACUCCCGGUGCUGUUGUCACGAGGAGAAAUGUAUCCAAGGAACACGCUGGCCUGCAGGUAGGCAGCACUAUGGAAAACGGGAAAAAUCUUGAAGCAGCCAAUUAUGUCAUUUCACAGAAUGUCCUCAUGAACCAAAGGAGUGACGAACAACACGGGAGGAGAAGCUCCAGCUGCGUUAGCAGACAGAGCGCCAAUAAUGUUACAAGUAAGGAUGAUAGGAAGUACCCCCAGGAUGCAGCUACUACCAACUGUCAUGUGGUUAAUGGGCACUACGGCGGUCGCAUUGAUAAGGGACACGCUGAGAGGACCCGCAUCGAAAAGGAAAACGCGCAGCGGAAGGCGCUGGAGAUGAAAAUCCUGGAGAAGAAGCGGAUAGAGCGGCUGGAAAGGGAGCGUGUGGAGCGGUUAGAGCGGGAGAGAGUAGAGCGGUUAGAAAGGGAGCGUGUAGAGCGGUUAGAAAGGGAGCGUGUGGAACGGUUAGAGCGAGAGCGAAUUGAGCGGUUGGAACGGGAGCGAGUGGACAGACUCGAACGAGACCGAUUGGAGAAGGCGCGGCGGAACUCCUAUUUUCUAAAAGGCAUGGAGAAUGGGCCCAGCGGAGGAGGUAGCCCAGCCGACGUGUCCAGCGUGGGUGCCAGCGACGGCAGGAGUCACAGCGGCGUGCGCAGCAGUGUGCAGGGGGGUAUACGGAUCAGUGCGAGAGGCAGCGUGCAUGACAGUGUGAGGAGCGGAGUACACGAGAGUGUACGAAGCAGUAUACCUGACCAUAUGCGCAAGAGCACGAGCAACGCUGCGAAGGUGGAAGGGAUAGGGAACGGAAGAGCUCGGCCUCCCAACCAAGGCACUCACGACCGAAGCUUCUCCAGAGAGAAAGACACAAGUAACCAUGUAAGUAAUUACAAGCCAUAUAUAUAUGACAGUAGAAAACCAAAGAAUUACCAAGAGUCCUUUGAAAGGAGCUACUUACAAGAUUACAUGAAGAACAGCUCCAUAACCACACCGGUACCCUCAAAUCAUAUUAUGCAAACACAAGGAGAGACAGCAAUGGGUGUGAAUUGUAAGUACCUGGGUGGAGGGGACUAUGGAGGGUAUAGGAACCACGCAGCAACUGGUCAAUACAUUAUCAACUCGGUGGACAGUUCAAAAUAUCGUGACCAUAACAAGUACAGUGUCGGGUUGGCCAAGAGUCCAAAGGAGAUGUACAAGGAGACGGUGAACUCGAUUUGCUCCACGGAGUCCAAGUACGAACGGCUGUAUAAUCAUAGUAACAGGGGUGCGGGGCCUGCUCACGGUGGAAGUAGGAAUGGGAGUAGGAAUGGGAGUAGGAAUGGCAGUGGGAAUGGCAGCAGUGGAGGAGGGGACAGAAGCUGCGUAGGAGGGAGAAGCGACGAGCGGGACGGCGGGACCUGCAAGAGCAACAGGGUAUCAAACAUCUACUUCAAUGACAACGCCAGGAGGAGUGUCAGCGCGCUGCCACACAUGAAUGUAAUUAACGUGAAAAAGUCUAGCAUGUACAAUAACACCUGCGAUGAGGGCACGCUUAGUAAUAAGAGCGCCGAAGUAGAUCGGAGUUACAAGCACCUAGAGAAGGACAGGGAGUACCUGUUAGAAAAGCGCAAGAUGCUCAUGGAGAAGGAGAAGGGCAUCUACGACCGGAUGCGCCACAACAACGACUACGCGUAUGGGGGUAUACGCGGGUUUGACCGAGGCGAAGACAAGAAGACAAACGAGCUGGAUAGGAGAAACAGAAGCCUCUCCAUGUGCAUGAACGAGCAAGAGAAGAGAAGGGACUCCUCCACCUACAACGUGAAGAAGGAGUACCACGAGGAGCAGGGAAAACUCGACAGCAGCUACACCAUGCAAAAGAGAAACAUGUACGCCUUGAAGAAUUUCACGCACAAGGGCCCGGACGCGUACACUUGCAGGUAG